AUGAAGUGGUUUUGUGUGGCACUGAAGAGAAAAAUAUGUCAUGUAUGGACAUACUCAACGCUGGUUCUAAAGAAAGAAAAACAAGUUCCGUUUUACUGCAUCUGUGGCCACAGACAGUGGUCAGAUCACAAGUCUAAAAAAAUUAAAGACUUUUACGUGCUGCUUAAACUUCAGGAAGGCUGCUCUUUGGAUGAUGUUAGAAAUUCAUACCGAGAUCUUGCUAAGAAAUACCACCCAGACAGUGGUUCAGUUACAGCAGAUUCUGCAAUUUUUGUAGAAAUUGAUGAAGCAUACAGAGCGGUACUUAAUGAUGUGGCUGAGAAAAUGAAAUCAAAUGAAAAGGAAGAGGAGGAAGAAGACAAAUUCAAGUCUGUAGCACCACAACACAGACAGUAUUUAAGUUUUGAAGGUAUUGGUUUUGGUACUCCAAGUCAAAGAGAAAGACAGUAUAUGCAGUUUAGAGUAGAUCGGGCUUCUGAACAGGUCAUGGAAUACCGCAAACAGAAAAUGGAGAGCCAGCUUGCUACAAGCAGUACAAUGUUAGCAAAAGAUGUAAGGCAAAGUAAGAAGGUAAAAAUCACCCAAGCAAUUGAACGGGUGGUUGAGGACCUCAUUCAGGAAUCUAUGGCGAAAGGAGACUUUGAUAACCUUAGUGGUAAAGGAAAGCCUUUGCAAAAAUUUUCAGACUGUCUACAUAUUGAUCCUAUGACUCACAAUCUGAACCGGAUUCUGAUAGACAACGGAUACCAACCAGAAUGGAUUCUAAUGCAGAAAGAAAUACGGGAAACAAUUGAAAAACUGAGAAACGAUUUGAUUGUUGCCAGGAAUAAACUGGGAGAUCCACUGACACCACAUAAAGUGAAACACUGGAAUGAGAGCUGUGAACAGUUUAUAGAAAAUAUCAAGAAAUUAAACAAAAGAAUUAAUGAUUUCAACUUAAUUGUCCCUAUUCUCAGCAGACAGAUGGUGCAUUUUAAUGCCAGUAAAGAAAUUGCACGUGCACAGGAACUCUGCAAAGCCCAGAUGAAAAAAACAAGGGCUGAGGAACACACAAAGGAAACAGAACAUGAACAUGGCAGAGAAUUUGAUCUUAAGACCAGUUUUUUAAAAUGGAUGAAUCUUAUUUUGAAGUAA